AUGGAUAAGCCUGCCUUGGUGUUCUAUCCUGAUAAAACACUUGAGUUCGAGGCUCAAUCAGGUGCCCAGAGUCAGGUGACGUUGAGGUUGGAGAAUCCUCAUGAUCGAGUUGCUGCAUUUAAAAUUAAGACUACGGCGCCAAAAUCGUAUCUUGUGAAGCCGUCUAGCGGUGUAAUUGAGGGACGCCAGACUCAGUCGAUAAGUAUAUUAUUAAUGCCACAGUUUGAAAAGCAGCAGCAUACUACUUCGGCAGACAGGUUCCUUAUACAGUCGACGUUUAUUGCAAGCGCCGUACCGCUAAGCAAGGAGGAAUGGUCAACAAUUCGGAAGGAUAAGCUUGAAGAGAAGAAGCUUAACGUCAAUAUUGUUUGGACAGCACGUUUAGACAACUCGAUAGGGGCACCGCCAGUAAGUAAUAAUGUUAGUGUUCUUGCCGCUAAACCGUUACCUAACGAUUACUCCGGACUUAAAAUUGCUUAUGAAGAACUUUUGACCAUCGCUAUUACCCUUGAACGCCAGAAUAGAGAACUAACGGCCGAACGAGAUGGACUCCCUGCUGUACGACAUGCCUCUCAUGAUAAGAGGAUACCCGGUAGUCAGUUCGAACUCUGGCAAAUUGGAAUGCUCCUCGUAGUCACUCUAGUUAUCCUCAAACUCUGUCGCAUCAUCUAG